AUGGCCUUUCAACCAGCACACAAAGAAAUUACAAGAGGCACCAAGAUCAAAUAUCCAUUCUGGUUCGGCGGCAGUGCUAGCGCUUUAGCUGCUUGCGUCACCCAUCCUCUUGAUCUUGGUACGGUCCGCUUACAAACACGCACACUCAACGUGGCUCCAUCGUUCUCUUCGGCCGUCAGGAUCAUCAUCAGAAAUGAAGGUAUAACAGCUCUGUACAGUGGUCUAACAGCCUCUGUCGUGCGCCAGCUCACGUAUUCGGGCAUACGAUUUGGCAUCUACGAAGAACUCAAGUCGCGGGCUGGCUCUGACCCCGGCAGCCAUUUUCUCCUUGCCACUGCGUGGUGUUCUGGAUUUGCGGGUGGGAUGGCUGGCAACUUUGCAGAUGUUCUGAAUGUCAGAAUGCAGCAUGAUGGUUCACUUCCGUCUUACCAAAGGCACAAUUACCGUCAUGUCGGCGACGGUAUGGUGCGAAUGGCACGGGAAGAAGGUUUUGGCGCCUUCAUGAGAGGAUGGCUACCUAACUGUACGCGUGCUGCGACACAAACAGCAGGACAGCUUGCAAGCUAUGAUAUCAUCAAAAAGUGCAUCCUUGACUAUAGACAGACAGAAGAAACAUCCACGGUACAAGCCCUUUCUGCGUUUAUAGCAGCUGUAGUUGCGACGACGAUCACGAAUCCUCUGGAUGUCGUCAAAACAAGGGUGAUGUCUUCUAUGUCUACUUCAAGGACAGGAAUGGUAGUUACUGCAAGAGACGCUUUCCGAGCUGAAGGAUGCAAUUGGGUCUUUCGAGGAUGGGUACCGAGCUUUUUACGGGUUGGACCGCACACGAUGUGUAUGUUUGGAUUCUUGGAGAUUCAACGAAAUGUCUACCGAAGCGUUUGCACUUGA